AAGUUAUGUUUGUCUCUCUGUGCGGCCUCUCUUUGGGACUAUAUGUCCGUAAUGCUAAUGUUGCGGUGCAGUAAAUGCCCGGGUUUCUACGGCGCUGGUUUUUGUGGUAUGGUCCGGUUGGGACCGAGAACCUGCGGGGUUAAAAUAGGGGGGGAAAUAAAUUUAUUAUUGAUUAUACCAACUAGAUUUCUGAAUGAGUUCACGGAGUCGUGAUUUUUCACCGUGGCUUUUGUACCGACAUGCGGUUGUAUAUUGACGCCGUUUUCUGGGGCGGCCUCCGGAGCAAGGCGCCUUUUCCCUCGUACCCCCGCUGCGAGUCUUGUGUGACCGCUCUGCACACCCGGAGACAUGCUGCUUUAUUUUGGCUUGCAUGUUCCGUCAGCCAAGAGAAACUGCUGUCCGGAGAUCCGAAAUGCUCCCUGGUUGUCUCAGGAGAGAAGUGAUCAGUGACGUGGUGGGCGACAGGCCUGCACUGUGCUGCCAUGGAGACCAAGCAGGAACCCUCUGCUGUGUGGAGUCAGACUGUUAACAAUGAUUCAAGCAACGCCACACAGGUGCAUUUUGAAGGCGGCACUGUGGCCCAGAUAGUGUACAGUGGGGAUCAGGCGGACAGGGCACAGCAGCAGGUGGUUUAUACAGCAGAUGGGAACUCGUAUACCUCGGUGGAGUCUGCAGAGCACACACUAGUCUACAUACACCCUGCAGAUGGCACUCAGACUGUGUUUGCUGAUCAGCCACAAGUGGCGUACAUUCAGCAGGACGGUACAACUCAGCAGGUCACAGUUCUGCUGCCCAGUGGGCAAAACAUGAACGCUGCCAACCUGCAUGUUCUCAGUAAUGUGGCAGACGCUCCGCAGGCGAUCCUGGAGCCAGUCCCCCAGGAGCAGCUGUCUGUGUCCAACUCGCUCACGUCCAUGGCUGACAUCGCCGACCCUCCCACCAGUCCCCUCGGGGCCACGGACUCCACCGACGAUUCAGAUGAAGAUGAGGAUGAGGACUCCGAGAUGGAUGACUGGGAGCCACGUCAGCCUCAAUCAUUCAACCCUCACAGCCUCUGGUGCGAGGAGUGUAAUGCCGCAAACCCCUCAGUCUGUCUGAAACACGGCCUCCUGCACCCCAUCCCCAACCGGCCGGUGUUGUCCAAAGCGAGGGCCAGUCUGCCUCUGGUCCUCUACAUCGAUCGCUUCCUGGGUGGAGUUUUCUCCAAGAGACGCAUCCCGAAGCGAACACAGUUUGGUCCUGUGGAAGGGCCGCUGGUUCCACAGAGUGAACUGCAGGACCACUACAUCCAUUUGAAACUGUGCAUGCUGGAUACAGAGAAGGAUGUAGAGAAGUCCAACGACAUGUGGUUCGACCUUUCUGACGAGGACAGCUGUAACUGGAUGAUGUUCGUGAGACCUGCUCAGAAUCACCUGGAGCAGAACCUGGUGGCCUAUCAGUACGGCUCAGAGAUAUUCUACACAACCAUCAAGAACAUCCAGCCCAAGCAAGAGCUGAAGGUUUGGUACGCAGCUUCAUAUGCAGAGUUUGUAAACCAAAAGAUCCACGAUGUUACAGAUGAAGAGAGAAAAGUUCUCCGGGAACAAGAGAAGAACUGGCCCUGUUAUGAGUGCAACCGGCGCUUUGUGAGCUCCGAACAACUGCAGCAACAUCUCAACAUGCACGACGACAAGUUAAACUCUGUUUCCAGAUCCAGAGGUCGGGGGCGAGGAAGAGGCAGGAAGCGAUUCGGUACAGGAAGGAGACCUGGACGACCUCCUAAAUUCAUACGUUUGGAUCCACCAGUAGACUCCAGUGGAGACAAAACAACAGAAAUGCUGGAGUUGACGGAGAAGCCGCUGGAGGAGCGAGUGGAGGCAGCUCAGAACGGGCUGAAGGUGGUGGAGAUGGAGGUGGAGGGGGAGGCUAUUACCGAGCCAGAGGGUCAGCUCAUACCUCCUGCUGGAGAGCCGGUCCCAGAGUCGGUCACGCCGCCCUCCAACACGGACCUGCCUGCUCCACUGAAGGAGGACCCGGCACAGAGCAGCCAAUCAGACGCCCACCUCACAUCGCAGGACAUGCGCCGUGCCAAAAGAAUACGGAUGGAUGUGCAGAAUGCAGCACUGCAGCAUCUUUUCAUCAGGAAGAGCUUCCGUCCUUUUAAAUGCACCCACUGUGGAAAGGCCUUCCGGGACAAAGACAAGCUGGAACAGCACCUGCGUGUCCACGGUCGGGACGCCUACGCCUUCUCCUGCCACAUUUGCAGCAAGAGCUUCAUGAGUGACUCCGCCCUGGAGGACCAUCUGCUGCUCCACACAGAGAACCGCUCCUACUCCUGUCUCCUGUGCCCAGAAACCUUUGAACGGCUGGACCUGCUCAAAGACCACGUGGGAGUUCACGCUAUUGACGGUUGCUUCACCUGUCCGUCCUGCAAGAAGACGUUCACUGACUUCAUCCAGGUAAAGAAGCAUGUCCGGUGCUUCCAUUCAGAGAAGAUCUUUCAGUGCCCAGACUGUGAAAAGGCCUUUUGCCGACCAGACAAGCUUCGUUUGCACAUGUUGCGCCACUCUGAUCGUAAGGACUUCCUGUGUUCAACGUGUGGCAAGCAAUUCAAGAGAAAAGAUAAGCUGCGAGAGCACAUGCAGCGCAUGCACAACCCCGACAGAGAGGCCAAGAAGGCCGACCGCAUCCACCGCUCCAAAACACUCAAACUGAAGGUCCCCACCACCGACUUCGAGAGCUUCAUGUUCAAAUGCAGAGUUUGCAUGAUGGGAUUCAGACGCAGAGGAAUGCUGGUGAACCAUCUGUCCAAGCGUCAUCCAGAGAUGCGUAUCGAUGACGUGCCUGAGCUCACGCUGCCAAUUAUCAAACCCAACAGGGACUACUUCUGCCAGUACUGUGACAAGGUGUAUAAGAGCGCCAGUAAGAGGAAAGCUCACAUACUGAAGAACCAUCCCGGGGCAGAAUUACCUCCCAGCAUCCGGAAGUUGCGUCCGGCUGCUCCUGGUGAGCCCGACCCCAUGUUGAGCACACACACCCAGCUGACCGGUACCAUCGCCACUGCACCAGUCUGCUGCCCACACUGCGCCAAACAGUACAGCAGCAAGACUAAAAUGGUGCAGCACAUCAGGAAGAAGCAUCCAGAGUUUGCCCAGAUGGCCAACACCAUCCAGACUCCUCUGACAACGGCUGUAAUCAGUAGUGCUCCUGCAGUCAUCAGUUCAGACGGUUCAACGGCUGAGGCUGUAGUGACUACUGAUCUACUGACUCAGGCCAUGACGGAACUCUCUCAAACACUGACCACAGACUACCGAACAGCUCAGGGAGACUACCAGAGGAUCCAGUACAUCCCCGUCUCUCAGGCAGGAGGCACCCUGUCCCAGCCACAACACAUCCAGCUGCAGGUCGUCCAGGUAGCUCCGGCUUCCUCCCCGCAUUCCCAGCACCCCAGCGUAGAUGUGAGUCAGCUGCAUGACCCCCAUGGCUACAGUCAACACUCCAUCCAGGUACAACACAUCCAAGUCUCCGAGCCCUCAGGCACUGGACAAGGAGCCGCCCAGGUCACCGGUCAGCCUCUGAGCCCCACAUCGCAGCAGGCAAAUCAGGAGCUGAGUCCUGCCCAGCUGACCCCCGUCACUUUAGCUCAGAGCCACACCCUCCAGACGAGCAGCACCCAGCCGCAGGGCACCGUGCAGCACGCAUACAUACCUGGAAACUGGAACUACCGAGGCUACUCAUCUGAGAUCCAGAUGAUGGCUCUACCUCAUGCACAGUAUGUGAUAGCUGAAGCGAGCACCCCUGUAUCUGGAGUCAACAGCAACCAGGUGAAAACGACACACUACGUGAUCUCCGAGGGUCAGAGCGAGCUGGAGACAAAGCAAGCUGUUCCUCAGAGCACAGCCCAGACCCACACUGAACAUCUGGAGCAGCAGCCGGCCAAUCAGCAAGCCACCACGCAGUACAUCAUCACCACGACCACCAACGGCAGCGGCACCAGUGAAGUCCACAUCACAAAACCCUGAACUGCACAGCGAUGAACUUUGCACACCCACAGAUCGAUCCUGCAUGUCUUCCUCAGCAGCUUGUACGCACACGACCGAACAAAUACGCUGUCAUAUGCACAUGGAUAUAGAUUUGUGUACAUACAGAGAUAAAAAUGAACCAGCACAGUUUUAUGUGUCUGUAAAGUGUUACGAUGUUGAAUGAGCUGUUGAGUUGCAAGCUGCUAAAAACUUUGUGAGGAAAAAAUAAAAUGAGUUGACAAAAACGUGAAGUUUUGAUUAUGAACAGAAUAUAUUAUCACGUGUUUUGAAUACAUGCACUGGAAAGUAGAAUUUUUAGAAAGACUUUCACUGAAGCUGCAUUACUGGAGCGAUGGGAAACUCAGAUCUACAGAUUUGAAUGGCAAUUUUGCAUAUUUGUAAUGUUACAGACAUUUGUUAAAGUAUAGUAUUUGUAAAUGACAUUAGAAUAUGGAAAAUACAGUAUAAAAUGUCAAAAACAAAUCA